AUGGCUCAAAGAGCUUACUCUUUCUCUGCACUUUUUCUCAUCUUCAAUAUCCUCCUUGUCACAACACGGCAAGCAGUUGCUGGCCGGAGCAUUUCUAAGAACCCCGACAACAACUCCGAGAAAGUACCUCAGUUUUCUCUGCAUUUUCCAAGCAUUGGACAUUUAGGAUCUCAACCACACCUAGGGCGUAUCCCUAAUAACCCUUUUAUCGGUGGCAUUGGAGGAUCGAGAACAAGAUCGCGACCAAGAUCAGGAUCAUCAGGCCUCAGAUAUAUUCCUGGUAACGAUGACACUUUUAUUCCAAACCCGGGCUUUGAAGUUCCAAUACCUGGGGGUGGUAGAGUUGCACCAACAAAAGUUUAUCCAUGA